UAAUAGAGAAAGUGAUGUGAACUAGUGAAGUGUGAACUUUUUGUUUUCACUUUUACAUUCUCAUUCCGUAUCGGAACAACGCCAUAUUUUAACUGCUUCAGAGAGCGUGGUGAAAGAAGGGUGACCAACCAUCACGGUGGUGCAAACAAGAUUGGGUGUUAAACGGCGGCGAUGGCGACGCCGGCGGCAAUGUUGGAGGGAGUAGCGCCGCCGCAACCUCCGGGGACGGACAUGACCGGAAUAUGCUUCCGGGACCAACUGUGGCUCAACACGUACCCUCUGGAUCGCAACCUCGUGUUCGAUUACUUCGCCCUCUCCCCGUUCUACGAUUGGACCUGCAACAACGAGCAACUCCGAAUGCGCUCUCUCCACCCUCUCGAUCUCUCUCAACUCACGAAAAUGACAGGCACUGAAUUUGUGCUCAGUGAAGUCAUGGAACCCCACCUUUUUCUUAUUCGCAAGCAAAAGAGGGAUAGCCCUGACAAAGUUACGCCAAUGCUUGCUUAUUACAUCUUGGAUGGUUCAAUUUACCAGGCUCCACAACUAUGCAAUGUUUUUGCCGCUCGAAUUGGAAGGGCACUCUAUUAUAUAGAAAAAGCUUUUACUACAGCUGCCUCAAAGUUGGAGAAGAUAGGAUAUGCUGGACCAGUUGACUCUGAAACUGAGACUGCAUCGCUGGAAUCAAAGGUUGCUAAGGAGACAAUUGACCUAAAGGAAGUUAAGCGAGUGGAUCAUAUUCUUGCAUCCUUGCAACGCAAGCUACCACCAGCUCCACCUCCACCACCUUUCCCAGAAGGGUAUGUGCCACCUUCAACAGCUGAAACUGAGAAAGGCACUGAAACUCAGGAAUCAGCAGAGCCACAAGCUCCUCAAGUUGAUCCUAUAAUUGAUCAAGGACCUGCAAAAAGAAUGAAAUUUUGAUAUAGAAAUAUAUGGGGAGGGAUCAACCUACACCCGUGUAUUACAGUAGUAAUCUUAAACCAUCCAUAACAUUAAGUAGAAAAUGUUUUUUGUCAAUCCAACCUUUAAAUAACAACUAUUCAUCACCUUUAUUGUUUGUGCUAAAUCUUGUAAAAUUUUAAAAACUAUUAGAUUAUAUCGAAUAGUUCUUAUUUUCAUGUAUUAAAAUUAAAAUGUUUAUAUGACAUUAGUCUUGAUGUAUCUUAAUGACAUACUUAGCGGUUGGAUUGAUGUGAAAUAUUAUAUAUAUGAUCUAUGUGGGUAGUGGCUUUCAAUCAAA